ACUAGUGUAUUGUUUUACACAAUUAUUUUCUUACUUGCGAAAUAUAAGUAUUUAGCAAGGUUACAGAUAUUCUUUUUAGAAUUAACGGACAUUAACUUUUGAAAUUUAUUGAUUGAUGGCCAAUGAUGAUACGUAGUACGGUUUUAGAUAUUUAAUUCUUAAAUCUUGAUAACGCGGACAAGCGAGGAGGAAAUGAAAUUCUGUUUCCGGUUGUCGCAUAUUACACGAUUUACAGAGGAAUGUUAUGACAGGUCGUCGAUAAAGGAAACUCUUAAUCUUGCAAUCGCGAUUCUAUAUUUAUUUUCCGUCAUGACACUCAAGUAAUUUUCUAACUCGAAGUUAUGUUUGAAUAUACAAUAAUAUUUUAAACGACUAGAGUUAUUUAUAUCGGAGUACCAAGAUUGUCGAUAUAUAUCGAAAAGCCGUUGUUUAAGCAUGUUAAAAGAUAUAAAAGUAUAGAGUGCCCUCGGAAAAUAUCAACAUGACGUACAGCUCUGUUAUAAAAGUCUACUCGUUAUCUUUAUCAACGAAGUUUGUAAAACUUUGUCUGAAAACGAACUGUCUUAGGCGUUUCUUACUCAUUGGAUCAUUAGCAAUUGCCGUGUCAUAUGUUGGUUAUUACUUGUUUUCAGAUAGUAUCAUACAAGAUAAAACAAGUAAUUCUUUGUCACAAAAUCAUAGGCUGCAUGUUUAUCUGGGAAAUAUUGAUAAUGAUCCAUAUAUAAAAUCCAUGAGAGAAAAAUUUCCUCUUAAAAUGAUAUCAAACUUAUCAAAACUUAUAAAUGCAACUAAUCCAAAAUAUGCAUUAACAAUAAAUAGUUCAUACCUUAUAGAGAAUCCAAACUUGUGCAAACGUGCCCUUAACUUUUCAGUUCUAGUUAUCGUCAAUUCAGCAACAGACAACUUUGAAAGAAGACAAGCGAUAAGAGCUACUUGGACUAAUGAUUCCUAUUAUCACCACUUAGGCAAGGUUAAGGUUAUGUUCCUGCUCGGUAAACCUCUGAACAACAUUGUACAGGAAAUGAUAAAAAGAGAAUCUGAAGCAUAUGCUGAUAUUUUACAAGGAGAUUUUGUCGAUACAUACUUCAAUCUAACUCAUAAAGGAGUCAUGUCCUUCAAAUGGAUCCAAGAAAGCUGCCGAAAUCCAAAGCAUAUUCUCAAAGUUGAUGAUGACAUUCUUGUAAAUAUGUUCCUAUACUUUGAACACAUUCAAAAUACUCCGAAGGUUCGGGACGCUAACGUGUACUGUCAUUACGGCACCAGUCCUGUUGUUAGAAAACAGUCAAUCAAGUGGUAUAUAAGUGACAAUCAUUUUAGAGGCGUAAAAUAUUAUCUCAACUUCUGUCGGGGAAAGUUUGUGAGUAUGACAAAUGACAUUAUUCCAUCGUUAUACCUGUCUGCUUCCAAAACACCAUUCUUCAAAUUGGAUGACGUACUUUUAUAUGGAUAUGUCAUGCAUAACAUCCCGAGUUUGAAAUACGAAACUCUUGCUUGGAAUGAAAUGCAGGAAGACAAUGGAAAUGCUAUAAAAUGCUUCGAAACAUUAAAAGACAAAUGCCAAUUGGUAAUAAUGCAAGCGAGUGGAAUACAUGAAAUGUCAGAAACUUGGUCUACAGUGCUGAAGUAUUUCAAAAAAUAAAACGAAUUUAAUUCGUCUUCGAUGUCAUUCAUUAUAAGAAAUGGUUAAUCAGAUGUUGAAUGUAAAACCCCACACAAAACUUUUAUCAUUUAUCUGUUGUAGUUUUAUCUGUUUGGUCUAUGUUAUUAAAUUUUUAUACGAGCUGUCAUUCAUACCCUUCUUUACCAUAGAAAAGGAUUGGUUAUUAUAAAUGAUGGUGUAAUUCUAAAUGUGUUCGAUUUAUAUAUGUUAAUGAGUGUAAGAGAA